AUGCGCACUGCUCUGGGGGCCUCACCCCUCGCCGGAAGUUCAGCGCAGCAGCAGCAGCAGCAGGAGCAGCAGGAGCAGCAGCAGCAGCAGCAGGAGCAGCAGCAGCAGCAGCAGCAGGAGCAGCAGUUAAAGCUUUCACAACAGCAGCAAAAGAAGAACCGAACGACACGACAGCAACCGGCAGCUGCGGGCACUCCUCAUGCACCACAGACAGCGCAGCCUGCAGCAGCAGCAGCAGCAGCAGCAACAGUAGCAACAGUAGCAGCAGCAGCAGCAGCAGCAGUAGCAACAGAAGUAAGUUACUCCAGCAGUAGCAGCAACAGCGAGUUACAGCAGCAGCAGCAGCAAGAUAUGCAGCAGCAGCAGCAGCAGCAGCAACAGCAACAGCAACAGCAACAGCAGCAGCAGCAGCAAGAUAUGCAGCAGCAGCAGCAGCAGCAGGAGCAAGAUGUGCAGCAGCAGCAGCACCACAGCAGCAGUAGCAACAGAAGUAAGUUACUCCAGCAGUAG